GAACACUCCAUUCUCUAUAUAUACACACAAGUACUCGUAUAUAGAUAUUAUCAAAAUAUAUACAACAAGAAGUUCCGGUGAUGUCGUCAACGGCAAGAAAUAUUUCCGGCGGAGGUACCCGAAAGUCCAGUAGGCUUCAGCGGCGUGCUCCACCGCCUCUAAAGAUAAACCCUUCGGAAGCGAAUUGGAAAGUGGCUAUUCCUCUUUUAUCACCUACGGAGUCGCCGCCGCCGCAGAAGCCACCGGGGGUAAUGAAGAGGGAGGAGCAACGGUGGGGAAAAGAGGCGGAGAAGCCCACGAUAUUCAAGAAGUGGCAGCACCCUGCGGCUCCGUUUUAUUACCAGCCAGCGCCGUCAUCGAAUCAGCCGUUUGCAUGGCCAAAUUAACGGCCACUUAAUAUUAGGUAUAGCACACAAUUACAUAAAUAUUUUUAUGCUUUUUAUAUAUAUGUCAUAUGUGAUAAAAUUGCGUAUCUUAUUUAUAUUAAACAUACUACGUACCUAUUAUGUAUCAUCUUUAUGCAAUAUGUAUGUUUGGUUUGAUGUUGUUAUUUCCUUCAUGUAACCAUGAAUAUAAUUUUAAACUAACUAUAUUAUAUAUAUAGUGUAUUAUUUCA